AUGAGCCACCUUGAAGAUUUCGAGAACACGCUGAAAGAUGUCGUUAAUGCAAAACGACUGUCAGCUUCCAAGAUGGUGAAAUUGACUGAGAUUGCACUGAAGUCCGUGGAGCACGACACUAAGCUUGUUGCGAUACUUUAUCGCACUCACAAGUCACUGUCUAGUACUGCUAAGGUGUCAAGUCUCUAUGCGUUUGAUGCUCUAGCACGUGCCGCCCGAAGUUAUGCCACAAAGCGCGGUAUCACUGGUGACAUAAAUUCAAGCACCGGAAACGCUGCCACCUUCCUACUCAAAGUUGAAGGUGUUUUGGAUGGUCUGUUCCAGGAUAUGAUUGCGCUUGAUAAUGCGGAAGCGAAGGAAAAGACGAAGAAAGUUCUGGAUAUAUGGACCAAAUCAAAUACUUUUCCUUCGCCGGUUUUGACACGGCUGAGGGAGAUGAUGGACUCUCGAAAAGAAUCCGUGAAAAACCCAAUGCCACCCAUCGCACGAGUCGAAACUCAAGCAUUGCCAAUAAUUACUACCCCUCCAUCGGCUACACCGUCCCAGGGCCCAACACCUCCUCUCCCAGAAUCGGUGCAGUCCAAACUUCUUGCCCUGCUUGGACAAGCCGCACUAGCCGCUGGGCAGCCACGCAUCCAAACACCACCAAACACUGUGUCUGCCCCACCCCUCGCUGGGCACCUAGCAUUGUUGCAACAGUUGGCUUUGACAACAAACAUUCCGAAUGGUGGUACUCCAUCACAAUCUGCAAUCCAGCUCCAGUUGCGAAGUGCACCGCUCCCGUCUGUGUCACAGCGUCCUCCUCCAUCUCAUCUAAACAUCCAAGCACAACCUCAUUCUUCCUCACAGUCACACGCUCAGCAUGACCCUGGUAGAGAUUCUUGGCAGGGUCGUUCAAGUCAAUUUGAUCAUGGAAGAGAGCGUGAUGGAUUCCACGAUUCUAACCCACGCGGGGGAUUCCAGCGUGGUUUUCGUGGUCGUGGUCGCGGUAGGGGUAGAUGGGAUGACCGUGACCACGAUCGUUUCAAAGAUAGGGAUUGGAAUUCUUCUUCACGACCAAGAAGUAGCCGUUCCAAAAGCCCACGCAGAUUCAAUGGGCAGCGGCCACGACCGUAUAGUCCGCCUCAGAGACCUGCAGCAAUCAGAGAUGUAGCCCAAAAUCAAACUUCGGCUAAACUCCCUGAAGCGGGAAAAGACGAGUUUGGACGAGAUAUUAGACCGUCUUCUGCCACUCCUCCUAGAGCUGCAUCAGUUGAUGCUCAACUCCAGCCUCCAAUGGUUCCAUCUGUAGUCCCUGCCCGUACGGCGGCACCCGAAAAUCGUGUACCUGUAUCAGACCAGUUGCCCUCGGUAGCUGCCAGUACAUCUACACAGAAAGUCGAACCUCGUAAACCGAGUUCGGCGCCAGCGCUGCAGCAACCAGGACUUGAUCAUUUUGAUAUCACAACGUUUGAUUUCACUGCACCCUCAUCGUGGGAAGCUUUGGGAAAGAUGUGGCACAGUACUUACGGCGAUACACCGUCUCAAGAAGAACUCAUGCAGUUUGUAAUGGCGGGUGGUGUAGUCGCAUUCGCUGGUCAGACAAAUGCUGUGCAAGCUGGUCAGUGGCAAGACCCAAAUUGGGGUGCCCAGACCGCAGGUUCUGGACGUGGAUGGCAAGGAGGCAGGGGGCAAGGCAGAGGAUUGAUGGCUGGACGUGGCGAUACCCUUGGACACGGCAAAUACCGAGACGGUGGACACUGGGAUGAAGAACACUCGGACGCCAUAGUCCUAGGCGAAACAGGCGGCCAGGAUAGUAGUCCCGGUGAAGAGCAAGCUCAGUGCACGGAUCCAGCCCAAAUGGGAAGAGACGACAUGCUUCAUGUAGACCCACACGAUUCUCAAAACGUGGGUUCGGGUCGGAUGCAAUGA